AUGGCCCUGACUCACCCCGUGGCAUGGGCAGGCUAUGCAGUGGAGAAGAAAGUAGUCAAAAGCAAAAUGGGGGAAAAAGUCGGCCUGCCCUGUUGUCACGAAAUUCCCAGCUCGGAAAGCCUAUAUAAUUACCGGGUCUACUGGCAGAAAAACACCACGGAGGUAGUGCUUGCCUACGCAGAGGGGAAGAAGAUCCCCCAACACAACCGGUAUGAGAAGCGGGCAGAGAUGGACACCAGGAACCUCACGCUGUGGCUCUCCCCUGUGGAACUCCUGGACAAUGGGCCCUACCAGUGUGUAGUUCAGCACCGCAGAUAUUCCCAGAACUCAGUUGUUGUGUGCGAUGAGCUUGUCACCCUCUUUGUCACAGCUGACUUCAGUGAGCCAAACAUAACAGCAGAAGUAUCCGCUAAUUCUUGUGAAUCAACUGAGAUGGUGGUAAGCUGUUCUUCUCAUGGAGGUUUCCCCAAACCCAAAAUCUCUGGAACCCUCAACAACGUGUCCGUGGCGUGGAACGCCAGCUGGGCGUCCGAGUCCAGUCUCAGCCCGUACAACGUCACUGGCAAACUGUGGCUCAACGUGACCAAAGACGUCAGCAUCUCUUGCUUUGUUGAAUACGAUGGCCUUACCAAGUCCACCAGUUUGCUUCUGAAAAAAACAAACAGCUGUGUUGUCCCUACUGUGCUUCCAUCUUAUAAUGUCAUUACUGCUUCAAGUAUCAUCAUUAUCAUCUUCCUUUUGGCUAUCACCCUAGCAGCAAGAUACCUCCCAAGGCAUGUCUGUUCUCACUGUUGUAAGCCUGAGGAUUCAGUGGAAGAGGGUGUGAAAGAAUGUAAGAAGCUACCCGUGAGCUCUAAAGUGACAUGUGAAACAUCAUCUGUAUGA